AUGAGGUUAAAAGGACUUCAGUACCAAGCUUUGAUCUGUGUUGCUUUUGUACCUGAACUAAAUAAAUUGAAUUUGAAAGAGGAUGGUUUGGAGAUAGGUGCUGCAGUGAAAUUGGCAGAACUUCAGAAAGCCUUUAGAAAGGUAGUAAAGGAGCGUGCUGCUUAUGAGACUUCAUCUUGCAAUGCCUUCAUUGAGCAGAUAAAAUGGUUUGCUGGCACUCAGAUAAAAAAUGUUGCAUCUGUUGGUGGGAAUAUCUGUACAGCCAGUCCUAUAUCGGACUUGAACCCUCUCUGGAUGGCUGCAGGAGCAAAAUUUGAAAUUAUUGAUUGCAAAGGAAACAUUAGAACAAUUGCUGCUGAAAAUUUCUUCCUUGGUUAUCGCAAAGUUGAUCUAGCAAGUAAUGAAAUACUACUCUCUGUCUUUUUACCCUGGACCAGGCCAUUUGAAUUUGUGAAAGAAUUUAAACAGGCACAUCGAAGGGAUGAUGAUAUUGCGCUUGUAAAUGCUGGAAUGCGUGUUUGUCUUGAGGAAAGGAAUGAAAAAUGGGUGGUUUCAGACGCAUCAAUUGUGUAUGGUGGGGUUGCUCCUUUUUCUCUUUCUGCCACCAAAACAAAAAAUUAUCUUAUUUCCAAGGCUUGGAACCGUGAGCUUUUGCAGGGUGCUUUAGAAGUCUUGCAAAAGGACAUUUUGCUCAAGGAAGAUGCACCUGGUGGGACAGCUGUGGGUUCUCCUGAGAUUCAUCUUUCAUCAAGACUUCAGGCUUGGACUCUUUUCCCUGGGCUAGGCAAUGAACUUGUGUAG